AUGACACUACCCAUAGCAGAGGUUAAAGAUAUUGCCAAGAGGUUGACUACAACCAAUGACAGAAAGCAAUACAACUCUAUUAUCAAAUUAGUCAAUGGACUAGUGAUUCCAGAAGAUGUUACUCAAUUGGAAGAAGAGGAGACAGAAAGAAGCUUGAGGUUCCUGGUUAUGUCACUAUUCCAAAUAUUCAAAAAACUGUUCUCUCGCGGCGACUUAACCCUUCCUUCUGCUAAAAAGAUCACUUUAGAGAAAGAGCAAUUUGUUAAAUGGUGUAGAAAGGUGUAUGAAGCAUUUAAGACAAAACUAUUGAGUACCAUCUCAGACAUACCAUUUGAGACGUCUCUCGGAUUGGAUUCCCUUGAUGUUUAUUUACAACUAAUGGACCUGGAAUCUACUCAUUUUGCAUCCAAGAAGGAUGCUCCAUUUUUUCCAAACAAGACAUUUAGAAAGUUAAUCAUCGCUCUAUGGUCCUCGAAUAUGGGUGAAUUAGAAGACGUUAAGGAAUCAGGAGCAUCCGAAAAUGUAAUCAUAAUAGAAUUUACUGAAAAAUAUUAUAAAAAGUUUGCAGAUAUCCAGUACUAUUUUCAAUCGGAAUUCAACCAACUCUUGGAAGAGCCCGCUUACCAGGAUCUGCUUCUAGGAAACGUAGGCAAAUGGUUGACUUUGGCAAACCACGAUGAGCAUUGCUCUAACGCGGAUGCGGAUUUAGAAAUUUUUGUACCUAACCCUCCACAAGCUAUCGAAAACGAGUCCAAAUUCAAAUCGAACUUUGAGAAAAAUUGGCUAUUUUUAUUAAAUGGGCAAUUAUCUCUACAACAAUACAAAUCUAUCCUGUUGAUUUUGCAUAAGAGAAUAAUACCUCAUUUCCAUACUCCAACUAAAUUGAUGGAUUUCCUUACUGAUUCUUACAAUUUGCAAAGCUCGAAUAACAACGCUGGUGUUAUUCCUAUUCUGGCUUUGAAUGGUCUUUUCGAAUUAAUGAGAAGAUUUAACCUAGAGUAUCCGAAUUUUUACAUGAAACUUUAUCAAAUUAUUAACCCAGAUCUAAUGCAUGUUAAAUAUAGAGCAAGAUUUUUCAGGUUAAUGGAUAUAUUUUUGUCAUCAACACACUUAUCUGCUCAUUUGGUGGCGUCAUUCAUCAAGAGACUGGCAAGACUCACGCUAGAAUCGCCUCCUUCAGCCAUUGUCACUGUGAUUCCCUUUGUUUACAAUUUAAUCAGGAAACACCCGAAUUGUAUGAUCAUGUUACAUAACCCGGCUUUUAUUUCCAACCCGUUUCAAACACCUGAUCAGGUAUUACACUUGAAAAGUCUGAAAGAAAACUAUGUAGAUCCAUUUGAUGUUAACGAAUCUGAUCCUGAAUUAACUCAUGCCCUAGAUUCCUCGCUAUGGGAGCUGGCGUCAUUAAUGGACCAUUAUCAUCCCAACGUAGCCACUUUAGCCAAGAUCUUUGCUCAACCAUUCAAGAAGCUAAAUUAUAACAUGGAAGAUUUCCUAGACUGGAACUAUGAUUCUUUACUCAGUGCAGAAUCUUCGAGGAAGUUGAAAACGCUUCCCACGUUAGAAUUUGAGGAUUUCACAAGUAUUUUUGAUAAUGAGGAUGGUGAUGAUGAACCAUCGUUACAAAGUAACUCAUACUUGCAAGGGGUGGCAUGGUGA